GUGGGGUUUUGCUCUCUUCUCUGAUUCCACAGAAAUAACCAGCCCACACUGGGGGUAAGUGGUCUCCACAUUCUGCCGCAAGUCUGGCUAUCAUCUCCUCCGCUCCACCAAACUGAUGGUCCACAAACCUUCUUGAUUUUAAAGAUCUGGGAUCAUAGCUCUGAGAAUCCAAGCCUGGUGAGAGCCUGUGACCUGGUCUGCAUUUGCCUGCUGAAAAGGGAGGGUGUUUAUAAGAGUCUGUGCUUAUUUUCAACAGAGGUACUGAAUCCAAACAAUGGCGGACAAAUUUGAAGUAUCAGGCGUAGAAGAUGAGACAGCUCACCCCCUGAAUCUCCUGUCCUUGCUUGAGCGGGUGGCAGGCAUCAUAACUGAGGUACAGACAUGCCAGCAACGCAUGGAGGAGCGGCAGUUGGAGCUGGAGGGCAAUGUGAAGACGAUCCAGGCUGAAGUGCUCAAGCUAGCCAAGGACCACACCAUCACUAGCAGCACAGUGGACAAACUGCUGGAGAAAACCUGCAAAGUCGGCGCCAACAUCAAGGAUGUGCGGGUUCGUUUGGAGAAGCAGAACCUGCGUGUCAAGAAGGUGGAGACCACACAGGAGGAACUACUAACCAAGAACAAGUUCCGGGUUGUUAUCUAUCAGGGGGAAAAUGAGAUCCCCUCAGUGCCCUCUGCAAAGUCACCAGAAGGAGCCAGUGUCGAGGGGCCAGAGGAGCCAGACGCCAUAGAUCCUCCAGUUGAGUUGUCCUCAGAUGAGGAAUACAUGGUGGUGGAAGAGGCAGGCUCAUCUACUGCAGGCCGCCUGAAAAAGACGGGCCUGAAGCGCAUUGAGAGCAUCAAGGCAACAUUCUCCAGGGAGAACUUGGCCAAGACCAAAGAGAGCCUGGGCACCAAGGUCAACCGCCUGGGUGAACGCAUUGUGACAGCAGAGCGGCGGGAGAAGAUACGCCAGUCUGGCGAGAGACUAAAGCAGUCCGGAGAGAGGCUCAAGGAAACCAUAGUGAAGAAUGUGCCAGCCAAGCUGAACCUGAAGAAGGAGAGGACUGUGGCAGAGGGCCAGGAGGGGGCAGAGGGAGCCACAGAGGGGGCCGCACCAGUCCCUCCUCCCAAGGGCCGCAAAUCCAGCCCUGACGUCACCUACACUGAAGUAGUGACAGAGGGCAAGCUAGAGGGCCCAGUGUCCGAGCUGACUGGUGCCCGAAGAGUAGAUGAUGGCAGAUUGCAGUACAGCGAUGAUGGCAAAGGGGAAGAAGUUCCAAUGUAUGACAUGAAACAGCUCUCCUAAACAGAGCUCUCCUAAACAGCUAGAGCUUCCUGAGAAGAACACAAGCAACACUGCUGUAGAGGUGAACUUCCAGAAUAUUCUUUUAAAAAUAUUACAAUAACUAAUAUUUUUAAAAAAAACAUUUUUUACAGUACAUUGCCAACCCUUGAGCUCUAAAGGGUUAUAGUGUUAGGGUUUUUUUCAGUUUUGGGAGUUUUUUUUCAGCUCAAAUGAAUAGAGAGAGAAUAGAGAGGCCAACCCGGCAAGAGGAUUUUAUGGUAUUGACAAACUGUUUUUGGAAAUCUCAGGGGGUAGGAGGUAGCACCAGCAGUUUUUUUCGCCACUUUUCUUCUACAUUGAAAAGGAUAUACAUAUACAAAAGAACUGUUAUUGAAUGAACAUUAUUUUUUGGUGGAAUUCCAAGAAAAUUUGUACAUGAACUGGUGUUGACUGUCCUCCAACUGCGCAGUGAUUGUUGUUGUCUGACUGGCAAUGGAAUGUUAGAAUGGAACUGGAAGUACAAAAAUAAGGUACUGUACUUAUGAUGAUUAAAGUGUUGGAUGGCUAUGUCUAAUGUCGAAAAGCAAAGUGAAGCGAGUGAUGAUAUGAAUAAAAAUAGAAAUGGAUAAUUUCAAGCAGCAGGUUUGUAUCUCAUGCUCAUUUCAAAUUUCUGACAAAUAAUCCAAUACAUUUAAUCUUUGUUAAUAUAAAAAAAGCUAUAAACUAUAAAAGAUCUCAAUCAGCUGGUCUCUGAGGAGUAUCUUAAUAAUAAUUUUAAGAAAGAAUAACACUUUGGAUACCAUUUAAUUAAAACUGCUUAAUAUGGAUGAGCUUUUUCACAUACUAUUGUAAGAAAAUAUGCACCUGUAUUCUGUCAUGUGGUUAUGUCAUAUUUUACACAGUACUGUGUGCAAUCCCGCUUUAUAUGAAGUGUCUAUAAUAGUGGUGCACUUGGUAACUAGAUGAGUAAGUACUAAUCAAUCAAUCAAUCUAUCAAUUUUUAUUUGUAUCAUGCUUUUAACAAAAGGACUUUUUCCACAAAGCAGCUUUACAGAGAACUGGCCCGCAAAAGUAUGCUUAGGGCAACAGUGGCAAGGAAAAUCUCCCUGGCAUACAAAAAGAAACCUUGAACAGAACCUGACUUAGUGGGGGAACCCAUCUGUUGCUGGUUAACCCCAGUUUCUUGCAAAAAUGGUUGUAAAUAUAAACAGAUUAAUUAUAGUACAUUAAUGUCCAAUCCAAAGUAAUUGAGUCUAAGCAGAGAUGACUCCAGUAAUGUGGAGGGAUGGCAGGAACACCAAUGGAUGGCACUGUCAGGCAAGGGGAAUACUAAGUAACUACAGUGUAAGUACACACUGGUACAUAAUACCUACAGCUCUAAUACUUGUGCAAUUCCACAUACUGUAUGUAACAAACUGUACUCUAUGUAAUGGUAUGCAUAAGAACAAAUAUGUCACAAGAAAUGGGUAACAACAUUUAUUUCAGUUAGUAUAUGUUUGUAACAUGCAUACACAAGCCUACUUCAUUGUUAGUUCUAAUUCAACAUGCAACCAGCAAAUUAUAAGUGCAUUGCAUUGAUUGAUUGAUUGAAAUCAAACAUUAUUUCCUUUAAGUUUUAAUUGCAUUGCAAAAUGUUAACUACAAUAUUGAAGAGUACUUGUUGAAGUUGAAAUCCCUUGUGUUAAUACAUGUACUAAAUGUGGUUACAGAAUUCCUACAUACAUACUGAAGUAAAAAAAGUGUUCCCAAUUUCUUGUUACAUAUGUGGAAUUACACAGGGAUUACAGCUGUUUAUACGAUGUAGCAGUGUGUACACUGUAGUUACUUAGUACUUACUCAUCUAGUUACCAUGCAAGUACACAGGUAUUAGAGAUACUGAAUAUAACGUUGGACCCUGUUUGCUAUUCUAGAAAAAUAUUUCAGUUUGUAAAACUUAUGAGUAACUGUGUUUUAAAUGUCAAUUAUAUACAAAAAUGCCCUUACUGCUAGUUCAUACAGCAUUAUUGCUCAGCAUUUCAAACACACACAUUAAGUAUGCUCUCCUUGCUGCACUACAUACAGACCUUUGCAUGGAUUUUGAAUUUAGUUCAAAUAUCUUGCCUUUCAUAUGACCUUACAGAAUGGACUACUAACCACAUUGCAGGUAAGGGGUAAAACCAUUUCUUUUUUUUUAAAACAGUGUAUUUGUACAUGUAUUUGUAUUUUUGUAACCAAUGAAUCAAUGAAUUUAUUUUCUGCAUGUAAUAGUUUCUGCACCUUAGUGAAUAGUAGUACAUUAACGCAGUGUUUUGCGUGCAAUUCUAAAAAUGUGAACUGUAAAAUUAAAGACAAUGCUAUUAUGUGUACAUGUAA